UUUGAUUUUCUAGGUCCAUAGUUUGAUAAUUGAUUUGAACAUUGGUUGUUGUAAAUCAUCGAUUCUAAAGCUCAUCAAACAAAAGAGAACCUAUCCUAGUUUGUGUUGUGUGUGCUUUAAAUCUGCAAUGGACAAUUAGCUCCUACAGUUGUGAAAAUUUCGUUGUGGUGACUCAGGAAUCUGGUAUACCAUAUAUUCAUGUCUGUAUAAUACAUGUAUCUAUAUUUGCCAUUAGUUUUUUUUGCGUAAGAUUCUAUAUAGGCAUGACUGCUUUUGUUAUCUAAUAGAAAAAGUGGAGAAGGGCAAAAAUUCCUUAUGCAAGUGCACAUGAGACCCUUGAUUUCUAAUAGAAAUUGUUUAUUGAUUGUUGAAUUUUUUUAAGUGGAUUCAUGCACCUCUGUAAUUUGGACAUGUGUUGGUGCCCUUUUGUAGGUUUAUUGCUGCCAAAAAAAUUUCAGCGAUGGCACGUCUUAGUUUAUCGAAAAAGAAAAUGAAAAGGAGCAAAUUGGCAAUGGCUAUGCAGUGGUGGUUGUACAUUCUACAUUUACUUGGGUUAUUCAUGGAAUUAGCAUAUAGGAUGGUUGAAAGACAAUGCGUGCAUGGGGUUAGAUCUAGGUAUCAGUUAGAUUUCUAUGAUAAUAGAGAUGUAAUUGAAAAAUGGGUGUAUAAAAGUGAUCGUAAAUGUAUGAAUGAUUUUAGAAUGCCUAGGCGGCCAUUUUUGAAGUUAACUCCACUGAUGAGAGAUGGAACACACACACCUGUCCAAGUGCCGGCUGUUGAUAGGCCUAGGUAUCGAAACAGAAAAGGUCAAACUGCUACGAAUGUCUUGGCAGCGUGUACCCCAAACCUUCAAUUCACUUAUGUGUUACCUGGUUGGGAGGGAUCAGCAGCGGAUGGACGGGUGUUACGAGAUGCAAUUAAUAGAACCCAUGGUCUAGUUGUUCCACUUGGUAAGACACCAUGACAACAAAAACAAUUGGACUUUUGUUUUUGAAGUCAUAGAUCACUGACAUAAUUAAACUAUGUUCAUUUGUAAAGGUACAUACUAUUUGGUUGAUACGGGGUAUACCAAUGGUGAAGGAUUUCUUGCACCGUAUAGAGGUCAACGAUACCAUUUGAAUGACUGGAAGGAUGGACGUCAACCUACAA